AUGAUGCCGUCCGAUGGCGACGCUUUCCGUGCCUCAAUCAGUUUCUUUGCUUGCGUCUUUUGUGGGACGUGGGAUGUCCGUUUUGCUGUUGGGACGAGACAACGUUGGCUUGGGGGCAGUGGUGUUCAUGGUCAUGCUUUGAAUGGCCCCAAACCGCAGAUCCACAAAAGACUCGAUCGAGGACACAACCUGCGUUUCGACCGAUCUGCAAAGCCCCCUCACGAUCUUCCUAUUCGAUGUUACGACUCUCAAAGUAUAGACAAGGAUUACGCCGACUUUAAUCCAGGAGCAGGUUUGGAAGACAAGAGCGGCCGGGGAGAGGCAUUCAUAUCGCGUUCGUCGGCUUCCGUCGUCGUUUGCUGGUAA